AUAUUUAUUUCUUGUAUUGUCCGCAUGUAAGUUAUACUUACUGUAGGUAUACGUUUACAUUGCUGCUGCUCACUAAGGCAAAAACAGCAUCAUGUUAUACGGAGUAAAAUUUGGAAAACAUAUUUUUUUAUAAAUGAAACCAUAAUAUUUUAUUUGAAAAUAAAUUAAAAUGGAUAUUGUUCCAAAGGAUGAAAAAAAAUUAUACUUGGCCUCCUUCGUGGGAGGAGGUGUUGCGGGAUUGGUUGUUGAUAUGGUGUUAUUUCCUUUAGAUACUAUAAAAACUAGGUUACAGGCUCAACAGGGUUUUCAAAGAGCUGGUGGUUUUAAGGGUAUUUACAAGGGUAUUGGACCUCAGGCUAUUGGAAGUGCUCCUCAAGCUGCUCUGUUCUUUUUAACAUAUGAAACAGUAAAAUAUUACUCAGAAAGUUUAGUUCCGAAUUAUGCAGCUCCAGGAGUUCACAUGUUUGGUGCAGCUCUUGCUGAAGUGACAGCAUGUUUAAUAAGAGUUCCUAUGGAAGUAGUUAAACAAAGAAGACAGACACAAUCUAAUAAUAAAUCCUCACUAAAAAUCGCCUUGUCUGCCUAUAAACAUGAAGGGAUAGUAAAAGGCUUGUAUAGAGGUUUUGGCUCAACCAUAAUGAGAGAGAUACCGUUUUCAAUCAUACAAUUUCCGGUUUUAGAAGGACUCAAGAAGAAUUAUAGAAUUUAUUUUAAAAAUAACAUCCCGCUCGAAUCAUGGGAAGUAGCCAUUUGUGGAUCGAUAGCAGGCGGAUUUUCUGCAGCUGUAACAACCCCUUUGGACGUUGCCAAAACAAGAAUAAUGUUAGCAGAUAGAAAACAGAUUAAAACAGGUGACAUGACUGUUAGACGAAUAUUAGCUCAAGUAUAUGCAACUGAAGGAUUUAAAGGGUUAUUCGCCGGGUUUGUUCCUAGGGUAAUGUGGAUAACUUUAGGCGGUUGCAUAUUUUUUGGAAGUUACGACUUCGCUAAAGGUACUUGUCUUCAAUUAAUAGAUGGCGAGGAGGUGUUCUAAAUAGAAAAGUAUCAAAAUACGAAACUGCAUGAAUUAAAUUAUUUCUACGUCCAUGUUCAAGUUAUUACAAAAAGAAAACACUCAUUUUUUCGCAUCUUGUGUCAAAUUCUUCUACAUUUGAAAAAAUUCUUGAUUUUAUCCAUGUUUGGUAGCAACAAUAACGUGACUAUAGCUUCAUUUAAGUAUAAAUGAACCUAUUUUAUCAAAUUCUCGUUUUCUAAAAAUUGUUUUGAAUUUUUGUACGUUUUGAAAGUUGAAUUUAUUUAUUAUUGAGUGCACUGUGAAACUAUAAAACCCGUAUUUAUUAGAUAUUUAUCCGUUAAAAACCUACUUAUAGGUUAUUUAUGUCAAAAGCCUACUUUCAGAUUAUAUAUCUGUCAAAAACUUAUUUAUUGGUUAUUUAUCUGUCAAAAGUUUAUUGGACAAUCUAAGAAAAUAGCUGAUCCGUCAAAAUGACGGCCGUGGGGUAAACAAUCGCCUUUCUCAUAUCCACCCGUGUUAACUUUUUUCUAGUAGUUUGGUUUUGUUUUAUAAUGUUAAGGGACUUCACAGAUACUUUUUAUAUUUGUUUCAGUGGAAUUGAUACUGCGGAAAAUGAGUAUUAUUUUUGUAGUUUUAUUUAGCACAUCAGGACAUUAAUUUCCACUAUUGCGUUCAAGAUUAUCACACAUUAGUGAGACGUUUUUAUAGUUGCAAAGGUAUAACCCAUUGGUAGUUGAAAGGUACAAGGACAAAAUUGAAGUUCUAAGUGGAAUUAGAUGAGAAAAGCUUUAUUCAGAAUUCUACUCAUCUUUCAUCGGUUUCCAAUAAAUUUUCUUUCAAAUUAUAUUUAACGCUUAAGCUUAACUACACUCACCAAAAAACAAAGCCAUUUCAUACUUCGAGUAGUAGAUUAAAAUCCAACAAAUAACUUCAAAAAUCAAACAGAAACUUACGACAAAAGCAUUUGUUUACAUCAGCUGAUUUUUACAACUCAUUGGAUUGCUCAAUUUAUAGGUUAUUCAUUUGUCAAAACCAGUUUAUAGGUUAUUAAUCCGUCAAAAACCUACUUAUAGGUUAUUCAUCUGCCAAAAACUUAUUUAUAGGUUAUUAAUUUACCAUAAAGUCUUUAACAUAUAUUAUUAUAGUUGUACAUAACAUGAUUUUUUGCUAGUGUUAAAUUAUACUUUUUCAAUAACUUUUCUAGAUAAUUGAAACGAGGAUUUAUCCCAAUUUCUUGAUAACUUUUGACACGACGAGAUUAUGUAGACACAUUUCUUCCACUGAUAAUUUUGAUAUAGAAUAUCGAAAACAUCUCACUGAUCAGGAUGUAUAGAUUAAUAAUCAUAAUCUGUGAUAAAUAUCUAAUUCGUCUACUUUGUUUUGAGUUUUAUACAGUCUCCCUAAAAUUAUAUUCAUUUGAAAAUAUAUAACGUACGAGGGUUAGUUCCUAUGUUAUACCCACCGUUAAUUUUUUUAAAUAUUUUCUGAAUCUUGUAACUAGUAACUAAAUUGGUUCAUUUACAUCCACAAUUUUUAGUUUUUGUAAAAGAGUCUUCAGUAAUCUUAAGCGUGAAAGUUAGAUAUUUAGUAGAGACAAAGUUUUGAGAACACAGUUCUAUUAACCAUCGGAAUAUAUCAUGGGAGUAGCAUAGGAACAAAUUUUCGAACAUGUUUUUAUAUAUGUUGAUUUGUUGAACUGUUUAUUAAAUUUAUUUGUUAUUGCUUGAAAAAAAAAAUCAAAUUUCUUCACAAACGUUUAUGAGAUGACUUCAGUCGUUUUAAUAUAGAAUAACAAAGUACCAUGAAUACCUCUCCACCUUCCCAAAUAUACUGUGAUUUCGAAUAGACAACCUUAUUACGUUGUUUACAUCUUUUUAAAUUUUUGUUAUACCAAAUAUAGAUUUUGAUAUGCG